UGGAGAUUAACCAUCAAGGCAACUAACCACAAGCAAAGUUUUCCUAGUUUUCCACAAUCUUUGAGAACUUCUCUUCCUUUACACUCUCAAAUUUUCUCGUUACUUCUCUACAUACACAAAUAACGAUGGGUUUUCGUGUGCCAAGAGUAGUUCCAGCUAAGAAAUUUCUUCGAAGGUCUUUGUCGAAUUCAAACAAAGCAGCUUCAAUGGCAGUAGAUGUUCCUAAAGGCCAUUUGGCUGUUUAUAUUGGAGAGAACGAAAAGAAGCGGUUUGUUGUUCCUGUGACAUUGUUGAGCCAACCCCUAUUUCAAGACUUGCUUACUCAAGCUGAAGAGGAAUACGGAUAUGAUCAUCCAAUGGGAGGCCUAACAAUUCCCUGCACAGAAGAUGCAUUUAUUGAGCUCAUCUCCAAUCUGAACAUCUCAUGGAACUGAUUAAAAUUAUGCAGAGUCCUGCAACAAUUUUGUAGAAAGAACUUGUCAAAGCAUUGUAGAUUUUUUUUUUUUUACUUUUCAUUCUUUUAUCCUUGUGGAGUGAAAAAUAGCUCCCAGAUUGAGAAAUGUACAGAGGAUGUUUAUUGGAAUAGUUGUAUCAAUAUAAAAUUCUUAAAAAUUCUGUUUCUCUUCA